CUUUAUCGACGAAGUGGACGCGAUCACCCCCAAGAGGGAGACGGCGUCCCGGGGCAUGGAACGUCGGAUUGUGGCCCAGCUUUUGACGUGCAUGGAUGCCCUUUCCCUGGAGGAGACGGGGGGCAAACCCGUCUUGGUCAUUGGCGCCACGAACCGCCCGGAUGCCCUCGACGCGGCUUUGCGGCGGG